GCGCGAGAGAUGAGCCACGCCUCCGCACGUCAUUCUCAUUAUUCCCUCACCCCGCCGCCCGCCCGCGAAGCCGCCCCCCCAAACAGCACUCACAACGACUCAUUAUCGGCUCGGAUAAAACCCCCAAGAAACACCCCCGCAGAAGGAAGGCAGCACUCCUCUUAAUUAUAAGAAGCGGUCUUCGCUCAGAAACUCUCCCUCCCUCGCAGCUGCACACAAGCCCACACACACAUCGCGCCCCCCAAGAUGACAGACGAGAGCGACAAACCCGUCACCACCGCUGCACUUGCAGACCGCACACACACACACACACCGCCAGGAGGUGCAAGAAAGGACGGUUACAGGACGACGCCCAAGGGUGAAGGGAGGGACGACGGGGAGAUUGACAGGGAUAGGGGGUAUCUUCCGAUUGAGAACUAUGGCAUGAUCGGGAACAUGCGCACUGUCGCGAUGUGUGGAACAGAUGGAGCGAUCGAUUUCUUCUGCUAUCCCAAGUUUGACAGCCCGUCCAUCUUCGCUCGGAUUUUGGAUCAGCACAAGGGAGGCCACUUUCAUAUCUUCCCAGUAGGCGAGACCCGCCACAAGCAGCAGUACCUGCCCAACAGCAAUGUCCUUCAAACAAGGUUUCUUUCCGAGGAAGGAGUCAUACAUGUAACGGAUUUCAUGCCAGUCCCCUCCGCCAAGAAACCCUUCCUGCACUGGCUCAACAGGGUCGUGGAGUGCAAGCGCGGGAAAUACAAAGUCCGAAUUGAGUGCUACCCCGCGUUCGACUAUGCGCGGGCGAAACAUACUACGACAAUCGUGCAAGAACGAGGCCUAGACGGCGUAGUCCGCAAAUCCUCCACCGGCUGCUCCGCCGGCGGCGCCACCGUCGUCUUCAAAUCCUCCUGCGGUCUCACCAUGGACCUCCGCCACGUCAUCUACUGCGGCGAAAACUCCGUCGGCAUCGACGUCAGCGAUCCAGCGGUGCACUGCGACGACUCGUCAAACGACAAGUAUGAGGCCCCCGAACUCACCUGGUCCGUCGAGCAGAAGGACAAGAUGCUCGGCCCGGGCGUGUGGGCGGAAGUGGAGUUGAAGGAGGGCCAGCGCAUUUCGUUUGCGUUUAGGGAACGCCCCGAGGAAGAGGAUGCGGCUGUCAACCCGACGUUUGAUAAUGAUUUGAUGGAGAGUUUGUUGAAGGAUACGUUCAGUUAUUGGAUCAGGUGGAUUGGGAAGAGUAAAUACAGUGGGAGGUGGAGGGAGGCGGUUCAUCGCAGUGCACUGUCACUCAAGCUCCUGAUCUACGAGCCCACGGGAGCCGUCGUCGCCGCACCGACCUUCGGGCUCCCUGAAGAGCUCGGCGGAGAGAGGAACUGGGAUUAUCGGUAUACAUGGGUCCGGGAUUCGGCGUUCACGAUCUAUGCGUUGAUUCGAAUCGGUCUCACCGAAGAAGCGGAAGGAUUCAUGAACUUCAUCGAGAACCGGUGUCAGGAGCUGACACCGGAAGGCGCCCUCCAAGUCAUGUACACAAUCGACGGCAAGCACGAACUCCCUGAAACCUCCCUCGAGCACCUCGAAGGCUACCGCGGCUCGCGCCCGGUCCGCAUCGGCAACGGCGCGUACGACCACCUCCAGCUCGACAUCUACGGCGAACUGCUGGACUCGAUCUAUCUGUAUAACAAGUAUCGCGCCCCGGUGUCUUAUGAUACGUGGUGUCAGGUCAGGAAGCUUGUGAAUUAUGUCUGUGGGAAUUGGGAUAAGCCGGAUAUGAGCAUAUGGGAAGUUCGCGGGUUGAAGAAGAACUUUACGUACAGUAAAGUCAUGUGCUGGGUCGCCGUCGACAGAGGGCUCCGCCUCGCCGAAAAACGCAGCCUUCCCUGCCCCGACCGGGCCAAAUGGCUCGAAACGCGGGACAAGAUCUACGAAACGGUGAUGACAGACGGCUGGUCGGCGAAACGCCAAUGCUUCAUCCAGUGCUAUGAGGAGAAGGAGAACCCGGUGCUGGAUGCGAGUAUUUUGAUUAUGCCGCUUUGUUUCUUCAUUAGUGCGUCGGACCCGAGGAUGAUCAGCACGAUCAAGCAGAUUAUGUUGCCGCCGGAGAAAGGCGGCCUCCUAGCCAACAACCUAGUCUACCGCUACGACCGGAAAGCAUUCGACGACGGCCUGAGCGGCGAAGGCGAGGGGACGUUUAGCAUGUGCACCUUCUGGCUCGUGGAAGCGCUCUGCCGCGCCGGCAAACAGCACCCGGACCUCCUUGAACGCGCGGUGGUGAUGUUUGAGCAGAUGAUUGCGUACGGGAACCACCUGACGCUCUUCAGCGAGGAGAUUGCGGGCAGCGGCGAGAUGCUGGGGAACUUCCCGCAGGCGUUUACCCAUAUUGCGAUGAUGAGUGCGGCGUUCAAUUUGGAUAGGAGUUUGAGUGGGAAGGCUGAGGCUUUGUGAAAUUCAACAACCCCCGGACUGGGGGGAUCAGAUGCGACACCCGGUGAAGGCAUCGGGUCCGUAGUCUCGACGUAGAUUCCCUCCCCGGCUUUCGAGUCCAACCCGUCACUGUCACAUUCUCACCCACUAGUCUGUAGCCUGUGCGAUUCCCCGAUCCUCUCCCGGGCGGAUCUGUCUCCACCCCGUAUUGGGUAGUUCUGCAUAUAUUUCUCCGUGGUUAGGUGUAGAUUCCUCCCCUUUUGUGCACAUACGAUCCUUUCAUAGUAUGCAUCGAGUUCACCUUCGCCACCGCUGCAUCGACCUCCGGCAGCUGUCGCGAGAACCGCCAUAGGUCCUGGCAUAGCUGGAUCCACAGCCCGUGUUCGUUGGAUG